GUUCAUUGUCCUCAUGAUCAAUGUAGAAAUUCGCUGGUAAAAAUUGCUGGAGCAUAUGCAAAAUUGCAAUUGCAAUUGACGAAAUCCCAGGCCAAAAAAAAACACAGAAAAAAAAAAAGAAAAAAUGGGAAUCCUCAGAGUCUUAAACUCAAAUCACUCUCUGCCUCUCCACCACCUCAGAAGCUUCCAUGGAUCCUGCUUCUUCUGCUUCUUCUACUCUACAACCGCUUGGUACUCUCCUCCACCCACUCCUCGCAUUGAAGAUCCAACGCUCUCUGCGAUCUCCGAAGCUAUCAAGAAAAGCCAUGGAAAGCCUCUGGAUUCCUCUCUCAAGAAGCUCCUCCCUUCCAUCACAGCUCGUCAAGUUAUCGACCUCAUCAACUUCAACCCCCAUUCUGUCUCUCCUCUUUCUCUCUUCUCCUUCUUCAACUGGCUCUCUUCGCAGCCCAAUUUCCGCCACACCGUCCAAUCCUACUUCACCAUGACUCACUUCCUCUGCGCCAAUCAAAUGCUCUCCGAAGCCAAGACCCUCCUCCGAUUCGUCGUCUCUCGGAAAGGAAAGGACUCGGCCUCCUCUCUCUUCGCUGCUGUUCUUGAAACAAAGGCUGCCCAUCAUUCUAGUUUCGUGUUCGAUGCUCUGAUGAAUGCUUAUACCGAUUGCGGCUUCGUUUCCGACGCAGUUCAGUGCUUGAGGUUGGUAAGGAAGCAUAAUUUUCGUAUCCCAUUUCAUGCUUGUGGGUAUUUGCUGGAUAAAAUGUUGAAAACAAAGUCGCCAAUGACGGCGUGGUCGUUCUAUUCUGAGAUUUUGGAAUUGGGUUUUCCGCCGAAGGUGUAUAAUUUCAACGUUUUGAUGCACAGAUUGUGUAGAGAUGGUGAAGUUAAAGAAGCCCAGUUGGUGUUUGAUGAAAUGGGGAAGCGGGGUUUACGUCCCACCGUUGUUAGUUUCAAUACUUUGAUUAAUGGGUACUGUAAAUCAGGGAGUUUAGAAGAGGGUUUUAGAUUGAAGAGAGUUAUGGAGGAGAGUAGAACAUCUGCCGAUGUGUUUACUUACAGUGUUUUGAUAAGUGCAUUGUGUAAGGAAUGCAGGUUGGACAAUGCAAAUGAGUUGUUUGUUGAAAUGUGUGAGAGGGGUUUGGUUCCGAAUGAUGUUACAUUUACCGCAUUGAUUGGUGGGCAGUGCAAGUGCGGGAGAGUUGAUUUGGCCAAGGAAACGUAUCAGGAAAUGUUGAGGAAAAAUAUUAUACCUGAUUUGGUUACAUAUAAUACACUUAUAAAUGGCCUUUGCAAGGUUGGGAAUUUAGAGGAAGCCAAAAAGCUUGUUGAUGCAAUGAGUAUUAGAGGGUUGAAGCCUGACAAGAUCACUUACACUACACUUUUUGAUGGAUGUUUCAAAGAGGGAGAUCUAGAAUCAGCCCUGGAGAUUAGGAAGGGAAUGAUGAAAGAAGGAAUUGAGCUAGAUGAUGUUGCUUUCACAGCCCUUAUUUCAGGAUUGUGUAGAGAGGGAAAAGUUGCUGAUGCAGAAAGAACGUUGAGGGAGAUGUUGAACACCGGAAUGAAACCUGAUGAUGCCACAUAUACUAUGAUCAUUGAUGGGUUUUGUAAAUUGGGUGAUGUGAAAAUGGGAUUUAAUUUGCUUAGGGAGAUGCAGAAAGAUGGCCAUGUCCCAAGUGUUGUAACCUAUAAUGUGCUUAUGAAUGGACUCUGCAAGAAAGGACAGAUGAAAAAUGCUAAUAUGCUCUUAGAUGCCAUGCUUAAUUUGGGAGUGGUUCCAGAUGACAUUACCUACAAUAUUCUCUUAGAAGGGCAUUGUAAGCAUGGAAAUCAACAAGGUUUUAAUACAUUGCGAAGAGAGAAGGGCCUGGUUUCAGAUUAUGCAGCUUAUACUUCACUUGUAAGUGAAUUCAGUAAAUCAUCCAAGCCUCGCCAGAAGAGAUGAUUGACCCAGUUUUGGAAAUCAGUGAUUAUGAAUUAUUGAAUGUGGUUGGUCAAACCGAUGGGGGAGUUGUGUGGAAGUUAGUAACAUGAAUAAGGGACUUAAGAAUGAUUCAGAUGAAAACCAAGGGACAGUGAGUUCAGUUAAUUGCCAACAUUCACAUGUUUCCUGAUCGAAAGAGCUUCCCAGUGUCUGCUCAUGAUUUGAGUACUAAGAUAGUGAGUAUUAAUUUUCAUGACAAGAACAUUUUCUCAUAGUGACUUUUGACUAUAUAAGAUCAAGAGCAAGGAACAAGGCUUUACACAGUUGCCAAGGCAUAUGUCGAUGGUUUGCGGAGGAGCUUUUCAGCAACUUGUUUAAGACAUAGCUAUUGAACAACAGAAAAUCCUAGGUCAAGGAAAUUAUAAUCAAUGCACUAUAUUCUUCCAAGUCCAAUUCAAAUUAAUCAUGUCUCAGGAUUCGUACUACAUGGAAUGAGAGCUUCCAAUUUAUCUUAGCACAAUAA